AUGUGGUUGAAGAGCAUCACAGGCAACCAGGACAACCCGAGAGGAGCCAGGCGAGUCAUCCCCUUCAGCGACGACAAUCAUCCCGACAAGAUUUUCACUGGGAUUGAACAAGCUCUGGAGCAGGACCAGGAGGGAGAGGCGAGCGCAGAGGAGAGUGGUGAAUGGGAGUCUUCGGAUGAAGAGGAGGAGAGCGAGGAGUCGGACGACGAGGAAGAAGUCGACUCGCUGCCGCGCUCCGAAUGCCGAUCCAAGAAGCACCAUGACCCGGCGGGCGGGCACGGGAAGACCGUGGCUCCGAGUACCCACACUCAGAAGCGCACUCGGACGUCGACUCCGGAGCCGACAGAGAAGGUCGCCAAGCAGCCCAAGGUUGUUCCUCCAAAGGCUCGGAAGACUUUGCCGCAGAUCAAGAUGGACGUCCCUGUUGCUUCGGGCCCCACCUCUGCUGCCACUGACAUGGACAUCGACAAGGCACCAGGAGACGAGGAGACUGACGAUGCAGCCACUUUCUCGAGCUGUUCCGAGAGGAGGAAGAGGAGUGGGGGUUCAAGCAAGAGGAGGCUUGAAGUUCAAGUCCCUCAGUCGACGCCGGCGCUUGAGGCGGUGGUCGAACAUUCCGGAGAUCCGGUUCGGACCAACGUCACAUUCGCCAACCCGCUGACGACUGAUCGUCCGUCGGGGUCGACUGCUCCGACUCUUGCCGCUCCAGUGCACCUCCACGCGUCUGACCCAGUAGCUGCUUCAACCGCCUUGGAGCCAUCACUCUUCGCUGCAUAUCAGACCCCAGACGACUCGCCGAGUGCUGCCAGGGAGGCUCUUCACCAGGUGAACCUUGUCAUGGAGCAGGUGAAGGUGAUGCACGAGGCUAGUCAGGUGGCUUAUAACGCCAGCACUGCCCUGCAGACCAAUGUUCAGAGGUCUUGUGAUCUUGGAGCUCGACUUUCCGAAUUAAAGAAGAAGCAUAUCAGCGUUGAACUUGACCUUGAACUCGCAAAGAAGAACCUCAAGACUGCUCAACAAGAGACGGCCAUCAUGGGAGAGAGAAUGAAGGAAGCUUUGGAGAAGAAGGACCAGGACCUUGCUGCUGCUCAGAAGGAAGCACGUGAGAAGACAACACUUGCGGACCAGAAGCUGGCUUCAGUCGGCAAGUUGGAAGAGGAGAACGCGAAGUUGAAGACCGCCAUCUCAGAAGCCAAUCGAGAAGUCGAGCAACUGAAGAAGGACAAGGAGAACCUGACCACUGAAGUUGGAGGCCUCAGAACCAAGACAGCCAAGCUAGAGUCCUAUCUGGGACAACUUGCCGCGAAACUAGUUCUGAAGCUUGAAGAACUUUGCCAGGACUUUGAAGCUGAAAUCGGGCGGGUCGAGACAGGUCUCGACCCCAUCAAUUGUCCUGUGAAAGAUGACAUUGCGAUGAACUUGCUGCGAUUGGAAUCACACUUGGACAGCGCUAUUCCUGGCCGAGUGCAAGAGUGGAAGAAGUCAUCCGCUCGCUGUGGCGCUGACGUCGCCUUGUCAUUGGUUCGAGUGCACUACAAGGAGGCUAGAGAAGACAAGUUGGCGGCCCUCAAGGUUGUGAAUACUGAGAAGCAUUCCUUCCAGUCCUUCAUGGACACCUUCCUUGAGGCAGCCACUCGUCUUGCUGACAACAUCGACCUUGACAGCUUCUGCGAUCCAGCCAACCCUUCUCCUGCCGAGUGA